CGAGGCGAAAGAAACGGACGAGUCCGGCGAUCUAUUUUUUCGUCCCCCCUCCCGCCCCGCAACGAGCGGCCACCAUUAGCCCGGGAUUGGCCAAUGUGCGCUUGAGCGAGCACCGCGGCGCUUUUUGCGCCGGCCGGGCCGGUUGAAUAAUUGUGUUUUGCAACGUCCGCGGGAGCGCUCAGCCCAACUGCCGGGCAUGGAUCCAAAGAAGAAUUAAGCAAAGGGGGAACUUGAAAAGCGGACCUAUAAAAGGAACAAUGGCAUCGGGCGAAUCGCGCAGUUUUGGGGGCGAGUGCGGGUCACGCGGAUUGAUCGCGGGCGUGAAGGGAAUCGGCAUCAUGAUGACUUCCAAACUCAUCCUGUCCGUACUGCUGCUCGCAACCUUGCUCCUGGUUAACGCGAAGUCGGCUGGCCAUGCGCACUCUUUCCAGCACUUCCACGGCCCGGUGAUGGGCGACGACCAGGAGGUCAUCUGGAGGGACGAUGACGGCCGUCACCAUGAGGACUACGUGGCUCAUCCGCAUUACGCCUUCUCGUACGGGGUCGAGGACCGGCGUACGGGCGAUUAUCACGGUCAAAAGGAAUACAGAGACGGUACGGAGGUGUUCGGCGAGUACACCGUGAAGGAUGCAGAUGGCAAUAUCAGAACGGUGAAGUAUCGCGCGGGUAAAGACGGAUUUCACGCCCAAGUGCACAACAGCCACCAAAGCGGCAAUCCUGUUCAACAGCAUUAUAAUUCUCCUCCUUCUCAUCCUCCUCCUCCUUCUCCUCCUCAUCAUCAUCAUCAUCAUCAUCAUCAUCAGCCUGAGGAAUAUCAUUAGCCCGUGCGGCCAGGUGCCACCAGGUGCCACGUCGACGACGAAGCUGCACGGCGGGGCGGGGCGGCCGCACUCUGUUGUACAAUCGCUGAUCACCUCGUUAAUGUUACGCUCAUUAAAGGAUCACUCGAGUAAUAUUGUCGUUUCUCUUUCCCCAACGAGAAGCGGACUCGCCUACUUUUACGGCGUUGCUUUCGCAACGCGCGGCGCCGUUAUCACACGGCGGUCUUUCAAUAACGCGAGCCGGUUUUCUUUCAUCUCUUUUUCGUUUUCCUUUUUUCGAACCGUCGCGAGAGAGCGCAAUAAGUUGGCCAAUCACGCAAUUAUCGGGCAAAAUUUCCGCGAAAGAAAUAAUCGGCGAUAUUGGAUUGUUAUUAGUCCAAUUUCCGGCCAGGUCGUUUGAGGCCGCUCGAGGAACGGCCAACGACGACAAUGCGCCGCGUGUCCUGCAAUUUGUUUCUUCUACUUUCAGUUUCUCGAACAUCGAACCGCCCCGUCAGUUAGGCUGUAAAACGCCAUUAGAAGACGUUUAGAACCCGAGUAG